GAGAGAGAGAGAGAGAGAGAGCCGAGGAUCAGUUGAGUCUCUGCACGGAGAUCUUCAGUCAAUGACAGCGCUCACAUUCUCCUCUUGAAGAUGCUUGUGCUGGUCGGUGUGUGCGCGCUGCUGAUCGCCGGAGCUUCUACCCGCAACGACAACGGCAAUUUUUUGGACGACAAAUGGUUGACCGGGAGAUGGGACAAAUUCAGAGAUGAACCAGGAACAUGGAGCCCAGGAAAGCCAUUCGAUCAAGCUCUGGACCCUGCCAAAGAUCCAUGUCUCAAGAUAAAAUGUGGCCGCCAUAAAGUGUGUGUGGCUGAAGAUUACCAAACACCCACCUGUGUCAGUCAGCGCAGGAUGAGUUUUAAGGACAUGAACUUGAACUCACCACUCCUGAAAUGCAAAAGAUGUCCAGUUGUGCACCCUUCACCUAUUUGUGGAACAGAUGGACACACUUACUCCACCAAGUGUAAACUGGAAUAUCAAGCUUGUAUCUCUGGGAAGCAGAUUUCUGUGAAGUGUCCAGGACAGUGUCCCUGCGCUCCAGGAAAUCCAGCAGAGAAGAGAGAGUGCGGUAAUGCAGAAAUGACUGAAGUGGUGAGCAGAUUACGAGAAUGGAUCACAGUUCUUCAUGAGAGCGGCAAUACUAACAAGAAAUACAAGUUCCAGAAGCCAGAGAAGAAGGUGGACAUGAGUAAAGUGCCGCUCUGCAAGGACUCUUUGGGCUGGAUGUUUUCCAGACUGGACACAAACUUUGACCUUCAACUCGACCAAUCCGAGUUGACCAGCCUGAACUCAGAAAAGAGCGAUGAGUGCACUAAAGCCUUCCUCAGGUCAUGUGACCCAAACAGAGACAGGCUCGUCUCCAGCCAGGAGUGGUGCUCUUGCUUUCAGAGAUAUCAAGAGGCUCCCUGUCAAUCAGAGAUCACCAUCAUCCACAAACAGCAGGCUGGCAAGAAGCUACUGGGUCCGUACGUCCCCUCCUGUGAUGAGGAUGGUUUCUAUCGGCCUCAGCAGUGUCAUGGCAGCAGUGGUCAGUGCUGGUGUGUUGACCGCUAUGGAAAUGAGCUUGCAGGGUCUCAUGCUCAUGGACCUGCUGACUGCGUGGUGGAGUCUUCUGGAGAUUUUGGCAGCGGUGACUCUCUGCUCUCAGAUGACGAGGACGGCGAUGUUGUAAAUGAUGAAGAGGAAAUGGGAGACGACGAUGAUGAAUAUGACCAAGUUGAUGAUGAAUACGGCUACCUGUCAUAAUCCGCUUUCUGUUGUUUUUUUAUUAUUAUUUGAAAACAUUUGAAAAGAAGGAACCAAAUAAAUAAAAAAUAAAACAGACUUUCAUUUUGGUCUUAAAGCACGUUUCUAGGUGACCUCAACAGAGUGCAGUACUAACAUUACUAAAGUGUUCAUCGCCCCCGUGCUGUAGAACAUUUGUACAAAAUUAAUACCAAGCCUCGAUAACCACAUUUAAUUUGUAUUCCAUCUCUUAUAUUCAUCCAAAGUGAAUAAGUGUAUCGACAGACCUAGAAGUUCAGGAAUUCAUAAGUGGAUUUUGAUGAGAGAUUCAUUUAAAUGUUUGCACUUAUAAACAUGCACACACAAAUGACAUGCCUAAACACAAAUGAAGGAAUAAUUCCAUGAGCAACCGUGACUCUAUGAGAUUUUACAGUCAUGCCGUGAGGGAUUAACGUCAAUGUUUUGAUUCAUCGUAAUAGUAUAACCUAUUGAUUUAUCAUAUAUAUUUUUUGUCCAUCAGCAGAGCGAAUACUUCUACAUUUUGAGAAUUCAUCAAAAAAUGUUCAGUAUUUAAAUGUAAACGUGAACAUUCUAGAGGAAAAUCUUGUUUGAAAUGGCUAAGAUGUGACCUGCAGUGACCACAUGUCAGAUACACAAUUAAAUACAGUAGAUGUGACUGCAGUCUUGUUAUGAGAGGACCGAGUCAUGCUAUUUACAGACACGCACACACAUACACUUAUCUUGUAGACACAUUGGCAGUCCUUGGGCAUGAGGUGCCUUUGACACAGCAUGAAGGAGAAAACAGGUCUGGUGGGAUAAGAAGGAAAGAGAUAUUUAGUGUUAGAAUGUAGAAUUCGACUGCCAUAAGAAUAUACAAGAAAAAAAGGAGAGAGAGAGAGAUUUUUUUUGCAUCAUGUUCUCUGUUGUUUUGGUCUAUAGGAGAAUGUGGACUUGAUUAGUUAGUUUGCAUAUGUUACUGUAGACGACAAAUCAUACGAUAGAUGCUGCUGCUGUCACUUCUCCUCGUUCCCUCUCAGAGCUUUUGCAUUUUUGUCAGAUUUGUUUUCAUAAUGUGCAUAUGAAAAUAUACGUUUUCUUCUAUGGAUAUUGUGGUGUUUUCUGAAAAAAAAGACAAAAAAAGAAAUGGUCGAACAAGUUUAUGAUAAUCAUUUAUGGAGGUCGAGGAACCACCUUUAUCAGUGUUGUCCAGCUGUUGUCAUAGAGAUAACACUUUUCUUUUGUUGGUUUGUUUGUUUUUUACAGUAUCCAUAUUAUUUGCUCAAAUAAAGUUACACAGACCAAAAA